AUGUACCUUGGAACACAUACCUCUCAGUACGGUUUCCAAAAUGCAACGCCUCCCGGUCACUCGCCUGGCGCUGCUAUCAUCGCGCAGCGUCCCCCGUGUCGCUCGCCUGCGCCAUUGUCCCGCUUGACAACGGCCACACCUCGCCGCAGCGCAGUUCCCCAACUCCGCCGUCCCUUUACCACCUCCCCCGCCUUAUACAAGAAGAAAGACAAAGCGUCUUCGAAAAAGGGCUCCAACGCAGACGCCGAGUCCUCAGGGUCAUCGAGCUCCGUCGCCGCUGCCGGCGCCGAUGAUCCAUACGACCUGUCCGCGCUCCACUCCGGCAUCACCAAUGCGCUCUCCCGAUUAAAGGACGACUUGUCCAAGCUCCGUUCAGGUGGUCGCUUCAACACGGCAGUCUUGGAGAGUCUCAAGGUCCAAUUGAGCAAGGAUGGCCAGGACACGGCCCGAUUGGGUGAUUUGGCGCAAGUUGUUCCCAAGGGAGGACGGAUGGUGACCAUUCUUGUUGCGGAAGAAGAUCACAUCAAACCGGUCUCAUCCGCCGUCAUCUCCUCAAAUCUCUCUCUGACACCCCAGACCGAUCCCCACAACACGCUACAAUUGAACAUUCCUAUUCCGCCCCCGACCAAAGAAUCCCGGGACAAGAACGUGCAAGCUGCCCGACAGGCCUUUGAAAAAGCGGCAGGUGCGGUUCGCGAUGCGCGAGGUGUCAUCCACAAGCGUCUUCAGGAUAUGCAGAAGAAGAAGAUUGCCCGACCGGAUGAUGUGCGCAAAGCGCAUGAUCAGAUGGAGAAGGUUGCGGAGAAGGGCCAGAAGGAUGUGAAGGAUCUGUUUGAUUCGGCGAAGAAGAGUUUGGAACAAGCGUGA